UCUCUACCCACCCCUCUUUCCUGCCUAUAUGACUGUGACAUAUUUGAACGGAUACUUUUUCUAUUUUAUGUUCUAAUGGGCUAUGGGUGUAGGAACAGUUGAAUAGAGCCAUGACGUCUUACUCCGCUGAUAGUACCCCAACUGUCAUUGCCCUCCUCUUCAUAUGGGUCAUACUUGUUCUGGCUUUGGUGUACCUUUAUAAGAGACUAAAUGCUGACACAAAUGGACAGUACACCCUCCAACGUGCAGUCUUCGCCGAAGGCGGCCUGCGGGACCGAUUGAGACAAGGAGUUGGAUUUGUGGAAAACAGAUUUGGUGUUAACAUAUGGCCUCGACCCCGUGAUGAAGAGGAAGAGGUCAUGCAAGGUAUUGAAGGAGGGGACGUGGAGGAGGAGGAUGAUAACGACAAACAGAAUGAAAGUCACGGCGAUGAGGAUGACGAACAGGAAAGUGGAGAUGUCAAAGAUGAUUCUUCGGAUGACUAUUCUAGCAUUGACCUGAGGGAGAGGUUAAAUCUGAGGAAAGAGGACCAGAAAAGAGUUACUGAGGAAGAGGAGAAACAAAAUGAGGCGGCAGCUGGAGAGGAGGAUACACAAAGUGAAGAGGCGAAGAACGAAGAGAAAGUGGGAUUGCUUACAGACCUCAAGCCAUCUGCCGGUAGUGCUAUUUGGUCUGAGGAGAACAAAGAUGGGGGUAAUGACUUGACUGCUUUAUGAAAAGCACAGAGAUGAGUAGAGACAUGGUUUUAGAAAUGAAUAGGCAAGUUGCCUUUGCUCAGUGGGUUCAAGUGUUACAGACAGUUUUGUAGGUAAGAAUAAGUUUAACAUUGAGUAAAUAUGGUACACAAUAACGCACCAUUAUUUUUGCUUUUUACUGUUCGUUUUCUUUGGAAACAAAGAAACUAUUCAAACUAUUUGAAAAUACAUUUUAAAUAUAUACUUGUUUAA